AUGAGAUUCCUCCAAAUACUCUUCCUAUUACUGGCCUUGGCUGUAAUAAGCCAGGCCAGACGACAUCAUGGCGGUGGAGGUGUUGACAAAUUUGGCCGCAGCCAUCUUCAUCAUCGUGGAUCUCUAAUUCACCAUAGACGUCACAAGUUCCAUGGCCCCUAUGGCCAAUAUGUCAAUCAUUAUGAUCGCCAUCAUUUGAAGUUUGCCCAUCGGGGUCAUGGUUGGAGUAAAUCGGUGGCGGAUAAACCUCGAUCAUUCUUGGCUACGGAAGAGGCAAUUGAAGAAGUGCCAAACAAAAAAGAAAUUCUAAAUGACCCCAAUAAUGAAAGGGACGAAGAUGGGAUGGCAUCUGUUGGUGACAUUGAUCACCAAGAAGAUGGUCAGCUGGGGGUGGGUCAUCGUCGUAGUGGUUUAUGGAAGCCACGUUUCAAACAUCAUAGAUCUUCAAGUAGACAUACUGGAAAUGAUCAGGAACAUUUGGAUGAGGAAAAUUCAGGAUCACAUAGAUGCCCCCAUCGUCAUGGUCGUCAUGGAGGACGAUAUCACCAUAAUACUCAGGUUUAUCCUGAGGUUGAACCAGCUAAAAAUGAAAUUGAAUCCCCCAAUGAAGAAGUAGACGACAAAGUGAAUGAUGAAGAUAAAAGAGAGGUGGGGUGUAGAGGUUAUCAUCGUCGUCAUCGUGGUGGUGGAGGUCGUCGUCACCAUUGGAGGCAUCAUCAUGACGAUGGAAGUGAUGUCGAUGAAAUAAAUUCCCAAGAAAACAAUGACAACCACCCUGCAUUCCAUAGACGACGUAAUGGAGGACGAUUUUUCCAUAUAAAAUCUCAAGAUCCCAAUGGGGAUACACUAAAUGUAGAUAAGGAUGCUGAUAUAAAUACCGAUAGUGAUGAAGAAUAUUAUGGAUCACGUAGAAGAUGGCACAGUCGCCACAGACAUAAUCAUCAUCAUCACAGGAGAACACAUUCGAAACCGGAAAUAUUUGAAGAGGAUUAUAAGGAUUUGGAUGUAAAUUCUUCAUCAAAUGAAAAUCUUGGAACUACGGAAAAAGUUAUGAUCGAGAAUACAACUGAAUCUAUUAUCGACAAAAUUGAUGUGAGAUUGGCCGUUUGA